CCUCUGGAGUAAAAGACAGGGCUUCACGUCACAUUUCCCCCGUCUGUUUAAGGAAGUGAAAGCUUUCCUUCAGCAUGGACGGGAUUUAAACUGCCCAGAAAGAGAGAGAGAGAGAAAGAGAGAGAGAGAGAGAGAGGAAGAGAGAAGCACUCUCUCUGGGGAGUUAAACUUUUUCCACCCGGACUAUGUUUAAGAUUCCCCUGAGAAAUGGAACUUGCUAGCUGCUCACUACCUGCUGUGAUUCACAAUGACAGUUUGGACUUCUGGCAGCUGAUUGGUUGUGGUGGAUUCGGAAAGAUCUUCAGAGCAAAGCAUCUGAAACUACGAUUGGACGUUGCCGUAAAGUUAUUACGGUGUGAUGACGGCUCCAACUCUACUCUCCUCCGGGAGGCAAACCUGAUGCACCAUGGUGGGAACCCCUACGUCCUGAGAAUUCUGGGUGUGUAUGAAGGGCAACCUGAGGGUGAAGAAGCCUCUCAGUUCGGUCUAGUGAUGGAGUACAUGGAGAGGGGCUCGCUGGUGGACCUCCAGAGGGCUCUAAACGGACCUCCUCCGUGGUCUCUCGCCUUCCGCAUCGCCCACCAGAUCGCUCUGGGCAUGAACUUCCUUCACCAGCUGGAUCCACCUCUUCUGCACCUGGACCUGAAGCCCAGCAACGUGCUGCUGGACGACAGCCUCAACGCCAAGCUCACAGAUUUUGGCCUGGCCAAAGUGGCCCGAAGCGUUUCCAAAACAGUGAAAGAGGAAGAUGGCGAGAUGGGCGGGACCACCAGCUACAUGCCCCCAGAAGCUUUUCAGUCGGUCUCUUAUAAGCCCAGCUUUUCCUCUGAUAUCUACAGCUAUGGUGUUCUGCUGUGGUCAGUCCUCACUGGAAAGGAGCCGUACGACUCUGUACUCUCCAGUUUGGUGAGGUUUCGCAUCCCUAAAGGAGACAGGCCUGAUCUUAGAUCUGUGGACACCAGUAAGGCAGCUGGGCUGAGUGAUCUGACCAAUCUGAUGCAGCGCUGCUGGAACUCUGACCCGAACCUCAGACCUUCAUUUAAAGAUUGUGCUGAUGUCACGAGCGAUGUGUACGAGAUGCACAGACAAGAAAUAAAUGAUGAUGUUUAUGCCACCCUGAAACUGCUGGAUAACAAGAGCAGCAGCAGCAAGUCUAAAGUCAGUUCCAGGUUUGGAUCACCCCAGAGAACCAGCUCUAAAACAAGGAAUGGAAGCCUGAAAGGAAAGUCAGGUGGUGCUGUGAAGACUGAGUGGACUCCUGCGCAGGACACAGGGGGCAGUGCAGUCUCACGACCUAAAGAAUCAGAGCCCUUCUUCUACCCAGCUUCUUCAGGAACAAAUCACAGGGCAGCUGCCCGAGCUCCUCCCACCAAUGACAGGCUUCAGAUGACUCAGCGCCAGUACUCAACUCCAGGUGACCUAAAUCGUGUGAGCAUCAGCCUGUCCAACGUUACGGGAGUGCAGAUCGGCCACAACAACUACAUGAAUGUGAAUUUACCACGACAGAAACAGCGGCAGAGACACCCGACUGCACCAGCCCAGCUCAACACCUCCAACCCCCACCAGCCUUCCAGACCGAACCCCCACCCUAAACCCUAAACCAAGAACCACCGUUCUCCAGUGUGUUUGACUGGUUCAAACACUCUUUUACUUUCUUAACUCUUUUUCUGUUAUAUAGAACCAUUUUUAAAAAGGUGCAUUCACAUAAUUUUAUAUUAUUUUUUUAUUCCCCAGUUUUGUCCCCUUUCAAUGAAAUCCUUCCAAUUGCAGAAGAAAGCCCAACCUUUUUUAUAGCAUUGUACAAAUGUUAUAGUAACAUAUGAAUUUGUGAUCAGGUGCAUUUAAAAGAACAGGCCCUAUACUUUGGGAAUUGUUUAAAUCUGAGGAAGCUCUGGUACCUCAAUAAUGGCUAUUUCAAAGCCAAAUUUAAUGUUCUCAGGUAUUUUUCAGUCUAAAAUGUAAUUUUAUAUCUAUUUGAUUAAUCUGUUCAAUAUUCCAUUUUAUAACAUAAUUGCUAUUGGCUAUUGUUGGAAAAGUGUACUAAUGUUCUGUCUUGUUUGAUACUCAGGCUUUGGAAUGUAUUGUUUUGAGAAAUGAAGAUUAAGAGUCAUUAUGAAAUUUGGAGGUGCUUUCACUUGUGAUUGAUUACAUAUCAUGGUACUAAUUUUAUGGUACUGAAAAUCUGCUGUUCUUGUAAAUCUUCUAUUCCUCAUCUAUUAAAAGCUGCCUUUCAAAGAACCUAUUAUCACCUAUUUGUCUGCUGUCUAGUUUAGACCUAAUAAGCACAACUUUCUCAGCAAUUUAUUCAUUCACAGCCUAUAUGUAGCUGAUAGAACCAGUGAUUACUUUUGCAUUUUUACCUUAUGCACUACAAUACAUUCCUAUAUGCCUUUUUUUGUAAUUUUAUUUUUAAUUUUUAUUCCCAUUUUCUUCCCAAUUUACACAGCCAAUUACUCAGCCCACUCAUGCCUCCCCUAUCUCUAGUGAUGCCCCAACACAAGGAGGGUGAAGAAUACCACAUGCCUUCUCCGAUACAUGUGAAGUCAAACUCCGCCUCUUUUCAAACUUCUUCGCCGAGUAGCAUCACAGCGUGUUCGGAGGUAAGCUCACAGAUGCCUUGUGCUGAUCGACAUCACCCUAAAAGUGAUCAGUGAGAAGAGCCCCAUAGGGAAAGGGAGCCGGAGAACUGGUGGAAAAACGAGAACGGAGAGAAACUAAAGUCACACCGAGCACGGAAUGUGAACAAAAGCUCACCAGAGAAACAUUUUAUCAUUUUUUUUUUCAUUAUCGUUCAUUAUACUUUAAACAACCUCACAGGCCAGAUGUUUCAUGCUUGCCUAAUGCCGACUGCUCUAAGGUUUCAAGCACUUGAAGGACUUUUCUGCAGUAAUUCUGCAUCACAUACAGUAAGUGUACUGUCACAACUUUUUUUUAAUUUAAGUUUGUAGAAGUUAGUGAUAGUGCAAGCCUUUUGGUGCUAAAUAGGCCUUCACAAUCUAGUCUAGGGCCUUUAAGAGACUGGAGCUGGACCAGAAUACCCCCUUAAAAGUUAGGAAGUUCUUCUAACAGCCAUUAAAUGUUUUGAAGGUGCAAGUAAACCCUCUUCUCCCGCUCCUCGUCCCGCAGCGAUCUGGAGCUCUGAUGCUAACGAGCGAUGACGGCCCGCGCGGUGCAGCCGGCGGGGUCCUGGCACUCCCUCCGCCAAGUCCCCCAUCUGUCACCAGAAUCUCACGGACGCAGAAGCGCACGAUCAGCAUCGUCCCCUCACUAGACUCAACAUCCCAGCGUCCUCGACAAAACGGGGGCCGGGGGUGUUCCUGACGACAGGAUGGAACAGCUGGAAGUGGGGUGCACUGAAAGUCCACAAACACUGCAGGUUAUAGAGAAAGAGGACACCACACAGAUGAUCCGAUAAGAGUGUUUAAUUGAAGGACAGAACAUUCCCAGAGGACAUUCCAGAGCUUAGAAUGAUUUAACACUCCUAAAAACCAAAAAGAGCCAACAAGGUUCCCUGGAGCAAUGCCUCAGAAGAACUACUAAAACAGAGAGUUCCUCUCAGGGUCAGUAUCAAUAUAAUGUACCUUCUGUUACAAACACUGUGUAUCAAUCAUUGUUUUUAAGAUUUACUCUGAAUUAACUCAUUAUUAUGCAUAUAGAAGAAUAAUGUUUACCUUAAAGGUCUCAUUCCAUUGUUUUUAUUAAUUUUAAAAUGUAUAGUUUUGGUCUCUAGUAUGAAUGAAUGCCAUGUGAGCUGUUUUUUUUUUUGUGAAGAAAAGUGCUCAGGUGUUUUUAUUUAGCCCUGCUUUAGAUCACUGAAUUAGUGGUCUCUGAAGAAAGACAGGUUUUGGCUCAUGAAUAUUCAUACAUGCAAAUAUAUUGCCUCUGAUUGGCUAACAGCACUGCAGCAGGGAACGCCUACCUGCCUUCCCAAA